AUGAUAUUGAUUUCUGUGUUCUGGAUAUUGACAGAAAUUAUAUUACUCGACGUCAAAUGUGAAGUAUUCGAACUGGAUAGCAGAUUCAUCGAGUUUAUCGACAAGGGUCCUUGGCUUGUCCAGUUUUAUGCUCCUUGGUGUGGAUUCUGUCGCCGUUUGGCUGGUACAUAUGAAGAAGCCAGCAGGAUAUUGCUUCAUACGGAACCUUCAAUCAAAGUUGCUAGACUUGACGCCACAAUAUACACCGGAAUAGCCAAAAUGUUCGAUGUGCGAGGUUUCCCAACAAUUAAAUAUAUUAACGGCACAGUAUCAUAUACAUUUACUGGUGAUCGAACUGUUCAUGGUCUUGUUACAUUUGCGCAAAGAGCUAAUGGACCAGCAGUAAAGCAUUUUGAAAAAAGUUAUGAAUUUGAAGAACAUUUAAAAAAACUAUCUUCAGACGAACCAUUUUUCUUCUUAAUUAAACCAGCUAAUUCUAUUUUAGAGAAAACAUUUCUACAGGUAGCUGAACAAUUACGUAUAUUCUCAUGGUUUUUCAGUGGUUCGUUAUCAGUUAUUACUUCUCCUUACAUUGAAACUUUGAAAUCAUCCAGUGAUAUAUUUACGGAGAUUUUAGUUUUUAAAGAUUCUCAAGUUUAUUCUUAUCCUGGUCUAUUUUCAAAUAAAAAUUUACAACUAACAAAUAAUACGUCGGAAUUAUAUCAAGAUUUAUUAUUAUGGACAUUACGUGAACGACAGCCGGGAUUUCCAAAAUUAUCUCAUUUCGAUUGGUGGGAAUUUGCAUCAAAUGAAUUAUUGGACAUUCAAAAUCAUAAUCAUAAUACUACUAGCACUAAUACUACAGAUGAUAAUACUAGUAGUAGUAACGAUGGUUCAAUGGCUCAACAAUCAUUACAUUCAAAUACAAGUCCAGUACAAUCAUAUCGAAAUUAUCGUUUGCUUGGAUUAUUUGUUAUUGAUCAAUUAAUAGAAAAGAGUUCUCCAUCUAGGGUAUUGGAAUUCGGGAGGAACUUGGCUCUUAAACGUCUACCUCAUGUAAUACGCUAUUUUCAAUUAGCAUGGACUAAUGAUAUAGAAAAUUUAGAAAAUUUAGCUAUGAAAACAAUAACUAUACCAAAUUUUAUUGUAUUAAAUCCUAUUACAUAUGAAUUAUAUAUUUAUAUAUCAAAUCAAUAUUCAUCAUAUACUUUAUUAUUUAAUGAAAAUAAUUUAAUUAAUUUUUUAAUGCUUAUUAAUGAUGGAAAGAUUAAAGGUAUUGGAGGUAACACAAUUUCAAUAAGACUACAACGUUUAGGAUAUAAUUUUCUAAUCGGUUUCUCGAAAUUCGUCACCACUCGACCAUUGCUUGCACUUUUAAUUCUUGGAGUACCAGCAUUAAUGUUCAGUGGAAUUGUCUACUUAUGUUGUUGUUUGGAUGCAAAUUAUGCAACUUAUGAUGAUGGUGAAGAUGACCAACAUUCUAAUUAUGACAUUUACCAUAAAGAAUUAUCAAAUCAAAAGAUUAUUGGCACUGAUAAUCCCAUUGGUGAUAGAUCAAUUGUCGACUCAAAUUCAAGCUAUUUGGAUUCUACUAGUAGUAGCAGCAGUAGUAGUGGUAUCAGUGCAACAAAGACUGUUCAUUUCCAAGAUAUGCAUAAUUCUCCUCCACGUCGACGAUAUCAUCGUGAAGUUUUGCGUAACAGCAAUAAAAAUAUUCAGAAUAUUGGUCCUGUUUAUUCAAAGGAUGAAUUAGAGAAGAGAAUUAAAGAUUCACGUGCGAAAUUAAAGAAGCAAGCAUAA